UUUCCUGAUAUUCAACCUAAACCUCCCUGACACAGCUCCGGCCGUUCCCUCAGGUGCGAUGGCCACAGCGGCUUUUGGGGACUCAGCACCAGCUCAGCUCCGCUUCCCUCCGGGCACAGCCGCUCUGCCGUGGGCCAGCACUGGCACCAUGCACGUCUCCAGGCCCAAAUCUGCCAAGGGACAGAGGCCGAGCCUGAGCCACCGUCAGGCCAUGGAAGCCUGUCCGUGCCAUGUGCCGUCCUCCCCCCUGGCAGCCUCUCCUCGGGAAUUACUGAGCAGCCAGAGAGCGGCACUCACCAAACCGGCCUUCCCACCUGCCCACGUGUCUCGUGAGAAAAUCCCAAAGCUCCUGCAGCAAGUGCCUUUGAGGAGCUCCUCCUCCUCCCUGAACAAGUACCGCGUGCUCCCCUCCAUCCUCCGCAGGGGCGCGGGGAGCGACGCCGCGGGAGCGCUGGCUGAACGGCCCGACCGGCUGGCGCUGAGCGAGGGGCAGCAGGAAGCUCCCAAAGCCAUCGAGACUGUUUCUGGAGGACGGGGAUCUGCCAGCACAUUGUCGGGAAGUGACAUUGCCACUGAAGAGAGCUCACAGGUGCGCCGUGCCCCUGGGCAGGGGGGAAGGCAGGAGAGCCCUCGGGCGCUCCCUGCGAGCCCGGAGGAGCCGCACGUGCUGCUCGCUGUCCGAUCUCCCUCUGGGCAGAGGUUUGAGCACCACUUCAAGCCCUCUGACAGUCUCCAGACAGUCCUUGCCGUGGCAGGCCAGAAACUGUUGGCCAGCUACCAACACUGCAGGGUUGAAACCACGGAGGUUCCCCGGAGGAGCUUCUCUGACCUCUCCAAGUCCCUUCAGGAGUGCGGGAUCCUGCCCAGGUCCGUGCUGUGCAUCCGACGGGACGAGCAGCACGAUGCAGCAGAUCUUUAGGCACACAGGGCUGCUGUGGGUCCUUCUGCUCAGUGGGGUGCAUUGCUUCUUCCAAAAAAUGGAGUCUGAUGCUUGCUGUACCUACUUCUUUAUCUUCCAUCUCCCACAAAAUCCCUGUGAAGCAGAGUUGAGGAUAUGGAAUAGUAUUUGAAAUAGUAUUUCAGAUGCAUAAACCUGAUUGAUACAGAGCUCGUGUCACCUGUGCCAUCAUCAAUUUCUGCCUCAGCACCACCAGCCUUCAGCCUUUCUGGUUUGUUGAAGUUGCUGAUGUUCUUUGAAAUCUCAGGUUUCCAAGACCUCUCCCCUUGUCCUUUUCUAUGUUUUGGGAAGGUACCACUUCUCCGAAUGCAGUAGCACCAUUUAGGAAAGUAGAAACAGAACUGCUUUAGCUACAGGACCACCUUUAGUAGCUUAUCAUUAUCCCAGACAUCAUCUCAAGAGACUGAAAAGGAGAUCAAACCCCAAAACCAUCAGGAAAUAACAGUAAUAACACAUUAAUGAGUUAUUGUGAAGUAUUAAAUUGCAAGACUGAUUGUAAAAUACCUGUGAGGGCUCAGGUGUUUCUGGGUAACCUCAGUCCAGCUCUUAAUUGUGACUAAAUCAUCUUUUCAAAAACAAAUAAUUAUUAUUUUGGCUGUCUUGGGAAGCAGCAGGAUUUUCUCCUUAGUCUUCCUUCUCUUAUUUGGCUGAUGUGAUCCAUAGGUGGAUAGUUAGGAAGGGAUGUAACAGAUAAUUCCAUUUAACCCCUCUACACUGAAGUGAGAUAGUCCAAGAAACAAGUGCUGCUUUGGGAAUUUUUAAAUAAAGUAUUAAUGGGAUUUGACUGGGAAUUGGCUCAAGGAGUAAGCCAUCUUUUACUAAACCAUCAUUAAAAGGCUGGUUGGGUGACUUGGCAGGUUUAGAUAAACACAAUGUGCUUGUGCUAAAAAAAGUAUCUUCUGGUUUCUAAUGGAAUGUCAAAGACAGUUAUUUUUAAUCUCCUUUAAAAAUGGACCACUUGCCACACAGAUGAGUGAGUUUAAAUAUUUUGAGGCAAACCCAAUUUAUUUUGAAGCUCAGUGUACAACUCUGCACAGGAGCACAAACAACAGGAGCAGAAAUCUGAUUGCUGGUGCUGGCUGAGUGUGGUACCUGAUGCUAAAUCAAGUGUUCAGGGUCCAGCAGCUUUGUAAAACCAGUAUCAGAUGAGCAGUGGUCCCUGCUGCUGUUGGUGAUGGGAAUUGCUCAGCAGCAGUCCAGAUAUCGAAACACAUGGAUGCCUUCAACAAAACCACAAAGUAUUUCCCUUGGUUUCAGGAAAAGGGACCAUUUUCCAUCUUUCCUUCAGUGUUAGGUAGUUAAUUCCCUAUUUCUGCCUGUUGUGUGGACUGUGUUACUCCUACAUUUCAGAAUGUUUCCAUCCUGAGUUAAAUAAAACCUUUUAGCCUGAAACUUGAACUUUAAAUUAUUUACAUGAGCUGAGA